AUGAGUGGCGUUGGGGAAUCCAGAUCGGAGCUUUUGAGUUGGCUUAAUGAGCUCCUCAAGCUAAACUACGUGAAGAUUGAGCAAUGUGGCACGGGAGCAGCAUACUGCCAAAUCAUCGAUUCGAUAUAUCGAGAUGUACCGAUGCACAGAGUGAAAUUCAAUGCCACGGCUGAAUACGAGUUUUUAACAAACUUCAAGAUCUUACAGAGCAGUUUCACGAAGCAUCGGCUCGAGAAAACGAUUUUAGUGGAGAAACUGGUCAGAUGCCGAUUUCAAGACAACUUGGAGUUCCUGCAAUGGCUCAAGAAGUUCUGGGUUCAAAACAAGGAUGAAAGCGAAUACGAUGCAGAAUCGAGGAGGAAAUAUCGUGCGCCAGCGCCCGCUGGAGGGGCAGCACUGUCGCAAUCUGCACCAAGUUUGUCGGGCGGCGCAAGCAGUGUUGUCAAAAGGCGCACAGGUGGCGCCUUGCGAGGGUCCACGGCAGUGCCGCCGCGGACAGCAGCUCUUGGGAGGUCUUCAGCGCCUCUUGCAACACGCAAAGCUUUCAAUGAGCAGCUUCUUAACACCCAGGCACAACUCUCUCAGACCCAACAGGACAUGGAAAAGCUACAGAAGGAAGCGGCACAGUAUCGGGAGGCCAUGGCUAUAAUGGAAAGAGAGCGUGAUUUUUACUUUGGAAAGCUUAGGGAUAUCGAAAUUCUGUCGCAGUCAACCAAAGAUCUGUGCAAAGAAGGCGUGUAUUCCUCCGAUCCAAACGAGCUGGUGCGGUUCCUGGACAAGGUGCAGCAGAUCCUUUACGCAACAGAAGAAGGCUUCGAGGUGGUUGAAGAGUAUCCGAGCGAUGGAAAUCUUAGAGAUCCAGUAAUAAAUAAUAUUAGUACCGCACCGGAUCCAAUGGAAGUCAAGCACCAACCAGCUCAUAACUUAAUCACGGAUGAGGAAACAUUCUAA